GAAUUUUGGUGAAGUUCGAAUGUUUCUGACCAAAUUAAUCCGUGAUCAUAAGAUACAGAUGAAGGUGGGCGUUUAAAUGUAGCGUAAUUAAUUGAAGUCAAUGCAUUUUGUCCUCAUGUAGUUUAAUUCUGCUGCUGAAGUACAGACCACAUAAAUAUUGAGAAAGACCUUUCAUUUUAGUGUAUGGUACAGAAUUGAAGCCUAAAAAAUGGAGAAGACGCCAAAGAGGAAGAAAAAUAGCGAUGGUAGCGACUUCGACAGUUUCCAACAAAAACGUACGAAACAAGAAGACCUGGAAGUGACUGGUGUGUCGCGAUCAGGACGUGUGCGAAAGAAGUCAUCAAAGUUGAUGGACUUUGAGUCUCCAGACGAGAUCGAUAGCCGGUACAAACGUCGAAAUGAAAGAAGUGAUUCUACUCCUAUUUCUUCAGUGACAGUGUCGAGCCACCACGCUGUGGGAAGCGGUCGAGGUCGUAAGCCCCAGCUCCACACAAACAGCAGCGGAGCAGCAGCAGCAGCAGAGGCUUUGGGAGGAAGUCCAGUGGAAAAAUCACGCGAACUUACGAUUAAGAUGGAAUCACAUUCAGAAAUGUCUGAAGAAGAAAUGCCCGAUGAGUAUUCGUCAAAACAAGAAGAUUUAGAAUCUUCAGAAUCUGACUUGGAUUUAGGGAUGUAUCAACCGCCAGAUGUGGCUGAUGACGAUUCUAGCAUGGAUUCAAUGGGAAUGAGUGACGUAGAUGAUGAUGAUUUGGAUGACGACAGUCUUAUGAUGGAUGAUCGAGCAGACUCUAACCGACGCAGAGAAUCACUGCCCUCUCAGGCUCAGUCACUUUACAUGCUCGAGAAAUCGUCGAAGAAGAAACUGGUAAUUCGGGAUGGCAAGAUCGUAGGACGCAUGAAGGCGCAGAGGAAGGACAAAGGCAAAACCCGUUUCACAGCCUACAUGUUAUGGGCGAAAGAGAUCCGUCAGGAGAUUCUAAGAGUAAAUCCAGAUAUGGAUUUUGCUACAAUGAGCAAACGCCUGGGAGAACUCUGGGCAACAGUGCCAACAAAUGAAAAAUACAACUGGAAAAGACGUGCGAAACGUCUGGCAGUAAAAGGCCCUCAAGGAAGCAAUCUUGCAAGCAUUAUAAGCAUGGAGGCAGGGAAAUAUAAGACCCCUCCUUCCAAAUCCAAGUUUAUUAACAAACUUGGAGGAAGGAUACCUCAGCAGACGAGUGGGGUUUCUGCAAGUCAGACAGUGACAGGCAGCACACAUCAGCAGUCCUUUUUCCAGUUGGGUGCACCAUCAGUUGGGAAUGUCACCAUUUCCCCACCAACUCAAACUGAUUCUAAACCUGGGAAAGUGGGUUUGGUAACAGAGCCUAUGGUUGGUCCAGGGUUGUACAAAGUCAUUGGAACACAACCGGUGGAUGUCGCGGCACAUCUCAAGCUUCUUGGGGAGUCCCUCACGAUCAUCGGUGAGAGGCUGAAGGAACACGAAGGUCAGAUUGCUGUGUCAGGCAGCUUGUCUGUUCUGCUGGACUCACUGCUGUGUGCUCUUGGCCCCUUAACAUGCUUAACCCAACAAGUGCCCGAGACCAACGGCUGUCCGCAAGAAUUACUCAACAAAAUUCUUGAUAAUAUAGCGUAUUUCAUGCCAGGUCUGUAGAAAUACCUGGGAUUAUUAAAAUGUAACCUAACCUCACUAACAAUACUGUAUUUUUUUAAACUCAUUAACUUGUAACUGAAACUCCAUGAAUAAAAAACUGUUUCAUUGCUUCUUCA